AGUAUAACCGCCGUCCAUUUGGAAAAGGAAACAACAGAAAAUAUCGAAAGCCCAGACGAAGCACAACAGACAACAGAGCGUCAAAAAACACGAAAAACGUUGAGAAAAUUGCCGUGCAGCUGAAGCUGAACCAAAAAAAAAAAACAAAAAGAAGAAACAUUUGCACACACAAAUACAUACAGAUAGACAGACUGUGGGAUAGAGAAGAGAGGGGUGCAGAGCAGAAUAAUAAUUAAAAGUAAAGCGAAUUGGAGCAGCGCAACCGGGGGAGGGGAGAAGCAAGACAAAGGCCGAACAGCGAUAGCAGCAGCAGCAGCAGCAACAGCAGCAGCAGAAAGCCAAAGAGGCCAGAAUAUCAUAAUCGAAGGGGGAAAAAAGCGCGGAAAAGUGCACUUUACACAAAUCCCAUACAUAUACACACAUUUUUCACCCGAGUGAAAGUUAGGCGCACACCGGCCACGCCCCCCGCCCCGCCUGGAAUGAACCGCUCCAACAGUUUUGUCAGCUCCCUGAAGUGGUGGCCCCUGCAGGGCCACAACAGCCAGGCAACACCAGCAGCUGCAGCAGCGCCACCCACCAGCAACGGUGGCUACUCACAGUCGGCGCCCAGCUCCCCGAUCUCUAAUUGGCCACCGGCCCUUCAGCAGCAGCCGAAAGCCGGUGGCGGCGUGGUGAGCGCCACCUUUGGCAGCAGCGUUGCCGUGCAAAAACUGCGCGAAUCCAAGUGGUUCAAGCCCGAGGAGCAGCGCAUCUUCUGCGCCGUCGUCGAGUGUGGCUUCAUUGUGGAGGUGCGCAGCAGUGCGGCAGCAGAGGCAGCGGCUGCGGCAGCCGCCGCCGCAGCGGCCGCAGCUGCCAGCGAUAUCGAUUCCCUGGACAUGGACUGUCCCCCCAUCGGUUUGGGCCUGGCUCCCGGCCUAAUGAUACCCCGCAACGGCAGCAGCAGCAUCAGUUUCCUGGAGACCCAAGACGAGAACGAGACACCAGUGGCGUCCUGGUACGGCAUUGUCCUAUGCAAAGUGGCCAAAGAUAAUAAGCCGAAGCCCGAUUCCAUUGAGAUAUUUUCUGUGAAAAUACGUGAGAAUGGCACCUACAAACUGAUCAAAAUGUCACUGGCCGACAUCUGGAGCCAUGGCUGGGAGUUGAGGAUAAAUAACUUUGCCGACAAGGAGAAGAUGCCGCAUAUCGAGAAGGAUAUACGCAAUCAGGUAUCGCUGGCACGCAAGGCCAAACAGAGUCUGUGGAACAACAACAAGCAUUUUGUGUACUGGUGCCGGUAUGGUAGCCGCCAGCAGGAUGUGCGCAAGCGACAGAUGUCGGAGUGCGUGAAAUGGGGCAGCGUUGGCAUGAAUGCGGGCAUGUUGCUGGUGCUAAAUAAUAGACAGAAAUGCUAUUCCCACUCAAAGUAACCGCUCGAUUGCGCCCCUCUACUCCACUCAUAAUGAAAACAAAGAAAAAAAAAAAAAAACAGAAAAACCAGCCAUAAGUAUUCUCAAAA